AUGGAGCGCUCGCAGAGCCGCCUCAGCCUGUCCGCCUCCUUCGAGGCGCUGGCCAUCUACUUCCCGUGCAUGAACUCCUUCGACGACGAGGACGCGGAAGGGGACAGCCGGAGGCUGAAGGGGGCCAUCCAGAGGAGCACGGAGACGGGCCUGGCGGUGGAGAUGCCCAGCCGGACGCUGCGCCAGGCCAGCCACGAGUCCAUCGAGGACAGCAUGAACAGCUACGGCUCGGAGGGCAACCUUAACUAUGGGGGUGUUUGCCUGGCGUCGGACGCCCAGUUCAGUGACUUCCUGGGCAGCAUGGGGCCAGCACAGUUUGUGGGCCGCCAGACCCUGGCCACCACGCCGAUGGGGGACGUGGAGAUUGGCUUGCAGGAACGGAAUGGUCAGCUCGAAGUGGACAUCAUCCAGGCUCGGGGACUGACAGCCAAGCCAGGCUCCAAGACACUGCCAGCGGCCUACAUCAAGGCCUACCUGCUAGAGAACGGCGUGUGCAUUGCCAAGAAGAAGACCAAAGUCGCCCGUAAGUCGCUGGACCCGCUGUAUAACCAGGUGCUGCUGUUUCCCGAGAGUCCCCAGGGCAAAGUCCUGCAGGUGAUCGUGUGGGGCAACUACGGGCGGAUGGAGCGGAAGCAGUUCAUGGGCGUGGCCCGCGUGCUGCUGGAGGAGCUGGACUUGACCACCCUGGCCGUGGGCUGGUACAAGCUCUUCCCCACCUCCUCCAUGGUGGACCCAGCCACAGGCCCCCUGCUCCGGCAGCCAUCCCAGUUGUCCCUGGAGAGCACCGUGGGGCCCUGUGGCGAGCGAUCUUAG